CGCUCUUUCAAAUUCGCUUCUUCGAAUUUUAAAUUUUAAGAAGUUAUGUUAUAAAUAAGAUUAAAUCACGUAAUAAAUAUGAAAUUAUUUUAAAUUUUCUAUGUUGUUAUUAAUCAAGCACCUGAAAAACAGUUGACAAAGUUUGAAUUUGAAAAAAUUUUUCAACCGUCAAAUAAUUUAACCUCUCAAUAAUUUAAUUGUAAGAAAUAUUUAAAUUCGUCUAUAAAUUAUUUCAUCACUUUGAAGAAAACACUGUUCUCUGCUUUAAAAGCUUAUUUGUAGUGUUAAGUUGUUAAUAUAGCAAUCAUCAUAAGCAAGCAAUACGUCAUUUUGCCGGUCAUCACCCAAUUCUCAUUGCUUCAUUCGACAGCAAUCAAAGCUUAAAAUGAGCGAUGACGUAACAAUAGCUCACAACCAAUCAAAUGACGAGAACGUCGAAAGAGGAAAUUGGUCUGGCAAAUUGGAUUUUCUUCUUUCCUUGCUCGGUUAUGCAGUUGGACUCGGGAACGUGUGGAGGUUUCCCUACCUCUGCUACCGGAAUGGUGGGGGUGCAUUUUUGAUCCCAUACACGAUUGUACUUGUUCUGGUUGGAAUGCCGAUGUUCUACCUAGAGCUGGUACUGGGUCAGUUUACCAGCUGCGGACCUCUCAAUUGCUGGGAGUUUGCUCCGUUGUUUCAAGGUCUAGGCAUGGCGCAGCUAGUGGUAUCAAUUCUGGUCAGUAUCUAUUACAACAUGAUCAUUGCCUGGUCACUUUUCUACUUGUUUUCUUCCUUCAUCAAUAUCACCAACGUGCCCUGGUCAAGCUGCAGCAACCCCUGGAACACUCCAUAUUGUUACGAUCGAAUGCCAGAUGUUCCGUGCAACUCAUCAAACGACAUCCAGGAAGCAAAUGGAACUUGCACGCACAACGGAGUCCUCGUUGGUGUAUGGGACGUUCAAACCUUUCAAAACCUCACAAACCUCAAAAGAAAGACGCCUAGCGAAGAAUAUUACAUAAAUCGUGUUUUGGGCUUGAGUUCUGGCAUCGAAGAAUUGGGAGAAUUAAGAUGGGACCUGGUAUUGAGUUUAGUUUUGGCUUGGAUCAUUUCCUUCCUCUGCAUGAUCAAAGGCAUCAAAACCACUGGAAAGGUCGUAUACUUCACAGCCUUGUUCCCUUAUGUUGUCCUCUUAAUUCUCUUUGGCAGAGGAGUAUCUCUGCAGGGGGCCAACCAGGGAAUCUUGUACUAUUUGAAACCCGACUUCAACCGACUGAAAGAUGCCAGGGUAUGGAACGAUGCAGCCAUCCAAAUGUUCUUCAGUAUGUCCAACUGUUGGGGAGGACUCAUCACCCUCUCCAGCUACAACCGAUUCCAUAACAACUGCAUGAGGGACACCAUCAUUGUGACCUUAUCGAAUUGGGCCACGGGAAUAUUUGCAGGAUUUGUAAUUUUCAGUUUUUUGGGAUUCAUGGCCCAUUCAAUGGGAGUCAGUGUGGACAAAGUUGUCGACAGUGGCCCAGGACUAGCGUUCAUCGUGUACCCAGACGCGGUAACAAAGAUGCCCAUCUCAUCACUCUGGAGCAUUCUCUUCUUUCUCAUGCUGCUCACACUCGGACUCGAUAGUCAGUUUGCAACUUUGGAGACCGUCUUAACAUCCAUCUUGGAUCAGUUGCCGAUGCUGAGGAGAAAGAAGAUGUGGGUGGUCAUGUUCAUGUGCCUGCUUCUCUUUCUUCUUGGUCUGCCCCUCUGCACCAGAGGCGGCAGUUAUCUGUUGCAACUGAUGGACUCGUAUAGCAGCGGUUGGGGUUUGUUGCUCAUCGGAGUAAUCGAGUGCAUUGCCCUGGCCUGGGUCUACGGAUGCAAUCGUCUGUACAACGACAUGGAGGUAAUGCUGGGUAGGAAGGAUGUAGUCUGGUGGAAGAUUUGUUGGCGGUUUUUAACUCCUGCAUUCAUAUUGUUCGUUCUUAUAUUCACAUGGGCUGAUUACAAACCAGCCACUUACGGUUCAUAUGUAUACCCAAGGUGGGCGGAUGUGAUGGGAUGGUCGAUGUCCCUCUGCUCCGUCAUCUGGAUUCCCAUCGUUGCCGUCUGGAAAAUCUGCAAGGAAUAUGAUGGGAGCAUUUGCAAGCGUAUUUAUCUUCUAACCAUACCGACUCGGUCAUGGGGACCGGCCCUACCGAAGCACCGAAUGCUGGUCAACUAUGUCGAUGGAUUCCAAGUUUAUCCCGACAAACCAACAUUUCAGCUUUCAAAUGUUCACGAUAACGCAGGAUUUGAAAACGCAGCUGAUAGCUCCCGGCAAUCCAACUCCACCCCCCAACCCCUUGCUUCUACCACGGACAACAACCAUCAUCAUCCGAUGAAUGAUGUCAUCAAGUUAGAUGCCUCCGUGCAUUCUUAUGCCUCUGCCUUCACAAUGGAGAGUUCUGUCUAGUUUAUUUUUCAGUCUAAUUUAAUUAUUUUCUUAUAUCCCUUUAUUAAGUUGAUCAAUUAAUAUUUGAUUAAAUCUAAUUUUGUAUCAAAUUUUCAAGUGAUAAAAUAUGUCAAACCGACUAGUUAGCCGUUACUUUUAUUUUUAUUGAGUUAUUUUGCAUUGGUUUAGCUAUUUAUUCAUUCGAUUUUUAAAAUAUAAAAAUAUAUUUUUCAA